CCUAGCCAUCAUGUACAAACAUGUUGGCCAUGCCAAAUACUGUAAUUCCUAGCCCCUGCAUUAACAAAACUCAGUGUCAACUCGGUUUUUCUCUGAGUUGAUUUAGUGAGUUCGUGGUGAAAAGCGAGAGAAGAAGACUUACAGCUCCGAAGCAAAGACCAGGAACGAGACCUUUAUGAAAGAAACCAUAUUUCACAGUGAAACUAAGAGACGGGUGUUCACCUGCCAAAAUAGUGAAUGAUGUAUCCAAGAGUAUGAUGUUCUGCUCAUCCCUAGCUCACGGAUGGGAGGUGUCCAAGGGAUUUUAGAGGUGUCGCCAAGUUGCGAGUUGGGUCCGGUGAAAUCUCCGGAAUUUAGUGUUUUGCUCAGCCCUAUAUAUAUAUAUAUAUAGGGAUUGUUUAAAACGGAUGGAAGCCGGAAAAAAAACUCGUCGAGAUUAAAACCCUAAUAAACGUCAAUCUUCUCCAUCUUCGUGAUGGGCGGCCGGCUGGCGGAUCGAUUUCCAUUCAAGCAAAUUUUGAAAAAAUCUGGUAACAAUACACUUGAAGAUGAGAAUGUUAUGGUUAAUAAAGAUACACAUCCAGAGGAAACUUUUGCAAGAGAGAUAGUGAUUGAUGAGAAAUCGGUGAAAAACAAGCGGGCUACCAUGUUGAAAGAAAUUGUUCGUGAUAUAGUGAAUGAUAAGGAGUUUAUGGCUAAAGUUAGACAUCAAGGGUGUAUUUUGUUGAAAGGAAUUGUUCAUGAUAUAGUGAAUGAUGAGGUGUUUAUGGCUAAAGUUAGAUGUCAAGCGGUAAACUUUGUAACAGAGAUAUUGAAACGUAUAGUUGCUGAUAUGGUUGAAAUUAAACAUCAAGAGGUUAAAAGCACUAGAGUUGUAAAAGAGCAAGUGAAUGAACCGGAAAUCAUGAAUCCUGUUAUAAACACUGAAGUUGUAAAAGAGAAAGUGAAGGAACCGGAAUUCAUGAUUCCGGUUAAAAGCACUGGGGCUAUUGCUACAUUGAAAGAAAAGGUGGAUAUUGCACUGGGAUAUUCACUUGUUCAAAUGAUGGUUCUAUUAUAUAUGAUUGCGUUGUACAUAGAAUAUUGUCUUCAAACAGCCGUAUUUGUACUGAAGACAGUGAAGAAGAGGUGGAUAGAUGUGGAAAUAAAGACAUCAGAUUAGGUCCUUGGGAAUUUCGGAACAUCGAAUAGCAAGUUCAGGCAAGACGAAACCAUGAAUAGUAAGGUAAAGUCAUUUUUCCCCACUUUUUUACAUCUUGGAAAAAAGUAUGGACAGAUGAUCUUCCCUCUUUUGUUGUUAGGGAGGAUGAAAAAUACAUAAUCACAUUUUAAAUAUGUCCAAACCUUUAAAGUAUAUGAAAACCAAUCUUAUGGGAUGCCUGUCAUUUUAACCUA